CUCGGACACACACACACACACACACACACACACACACACACACACACACACACACACACACACACACACACGACUUCAGAAACCAGAGAUGAAUGGAACUAUGGGUCUGAGUGAGUCCUCUUGUUAAUAGAUGAUCUUUGGUGUGUCGUGCCUCUUCGCCUUGCAAGAAUUUCUCCUCCGAGUAAAACAUCGUCGUCCCAGACGAUCUCCGUGUGCCGGUGCUCUCCUCUCAGCUGACGGAGAAACAUCCGCCGGGAGCCUCCGCUGCGAGCCGGACACCUUCUGCCACCGGCCGGUGGAGCGGUUGACUCUGUCCCUCUGGUUCACACGUCGCUCGUGUUUACGGGACGCGACAAUGUUCUGAUUCACGCUGCGAGCGAUGAACGACACGAGCCCCGAGGCGACCGGACCGGCGCAGGUGCUGUUGACUGCGGGCUGCCGAGACGCGCUCGUUGGGCUGGACGGAGGAUGGAGCUGAGGCUGAGCGGGUCCUGGCUCCCCCUCGGCCGGGUCCUCACCUUCCUCCUCCUGGCUGUGUUAGUGAGCGGCCACGGGACCUGCCACCACCGCCCCCCCCCUCCCGACGAGGUGGUCCAUCAUGUGUACCUGAAGCCUGACCGUCUGACCAAGAGAAGCUCUGACGACCUCCAGCUGAAGAUAAAGAUCAUCUAUGACUACAGUGUGGACCAACUUCCUGCAGACCAGAGGAGGCUGGUGAAGGAUAAACUGUUUCCUCAGGCCAUCGACUUCCUGCAGAGAACCUUCAGUGUGAGGCGCAGGGUCGGGCCCGUGCUGCUCAGCAGACAAUGUGCCACCAACCAGUACCUGAGGAAGAGAGGUGACCCUCAUCGCUACUGCCAGGAUGCCUGUGCAGACGUGACUCGGUGCGGCCCGGUCGUCGUGCCACAGCACCACCUGCAGCAAUGUAAGGUGUGCAGUGAGUCUGGGAAGUCGUGCGGCCCCUCAGGACCCCCCGACGGCCCCGGAGUGGAGGGAUCUGACUUUGUGCUCUACGUCAGCGGCAUCACCACCGAGCGCUGCGGACAGGAGAACAUCGUGGCCUACGCUGCGUACUGCCAGCUGGAGGUGGAGCUGGACCGACCUAUAGCAGGAUAUGCCAACCUGUGUCCUGCGAUGAUCUCUUCUCAGCCUCAGGACUUUGAGGGGAUGCUCUCCACCGUCAAACAUGAGAUCAUCCACGCUCUGGGGUUUUCAGCAGGGCUGUUUGCCUUCUACCACGACGAUGAGGGUGAACCUCUGACCCCGCGCUUCGCCAGUGGCCUGCCGGCGUUCAACGAGAGCCUGGGUCUGUACCAGUGGAGCGAGGCUGUGAUCCGGAGGGUCAGUCGGCUGUGGGACAUCAGGGGAGGGGUGAUGGUGCGACACCAGGUCCACGUCCUGGUCACUCCUCGUGUCGUGGAAGAGGCGAGGAGACAUUUCAACUGUCCCAUCCUGGAGGGGAUGGAGCUGGAGAACCAGGGCGGGACCGGGACGGAGCUGAACCACUGGGAGAAGAGACUUCUUGAGGUAAGCUCAGUCCUGAACCUCUGUCAGGUCGACAGGUCAUUUUCCUCCUUAUUAAUAAAUAAUCUGUUUUCUCUCUCUCUCCCUCAGAACGAGGCCAUGACGGGCUCCCACACCCAGAACCGGGUGUUCUCUCGACUGACGCUGGCCAUCAUGGAGGACAGUGGCUGGUACCGGGCCAACUACAGCCUUGCCCAGAGACUGGACUGGGGCCACAGCCUCGGCUGCGACUUCGUCAUGAAGAGCUGCAAGUUCUGGAUGGACCGACAGAGACAGAGGCGUCAGGCGGUGACUCCGUACUGUGACACCGUCAGAGCUUCUCCUCUGCAGCUCACCUGCAGACAGGACCAGCUCGCUGUGGCCGUCUGCAACCUGCAGAGGUACACACACCACCUGCCUCAGGAGUACCAGUACUUUGAUCAGAUCCCUGGCGUGUCAGCUGAUCAGCUGUCAUUCUUCGGAGGAGCAGUGGAGAUCGCUGACUUCUGUCCGUUCAGUCAGGAGUUCAGUUGGCACCUGAGUGGAGAGUAUCAGAGGAACUCGUACUGCAGAGUGUCAGAGAACCAGCCAGACUGGUGGAGGAACUAUGGGGCGGAGCUCUACGGUCCCGACUCGGUGUGUGUGAAGCAGAAGUCUGCCUUCGUCAUGGAGCAGUGCAGCAGGAAGAUGACGUAUCCCGACUGGGGCUCGGGCUGCUACAAGGUGUCGUGCUCCUCCCAGGGUCUGGUUCUGUUGGUUCAGGACCGGUCCUUCCUGUGUAGUCGUAGAGAUCAGCAGCUGAGCGUCAGCGUCAGAGUCGGUGACUGGGUGUAUAAUGGCGUCCUGCUCUGUCCCGCCUGCUCCGACUUCUGUGACCACUGUCCCCUCCCACACCUGCUCCCGCCCAGCAACAGCUCCAGGAGUGACCCCAUUGAUCCGUGCUCUGGAUCUCCAGGUCUGGUCUUCACUGUGUGGCUGCUGCUGCUCAACCUGCUCCCCCUGGUGGCCGGACUGCUGCUCUGCCACUGCAGCUGAUACCUCACAUCCUCAUUCCUUCCUCAGGACCUCACAUCCUCAUUCCUCUUCAACACUCGAUCCUCGUCAGGUGUCACUUCUUCUUCUGGAUACUCUGAUGUUUAACAUCAACUCAUCUUCGCUGUUUUCAUGUGAACUUCUGAUCUUUCCUCGAUCACGAGGCUGUAGCUGCUUCCUGUCUCCGUUGAAACAGGUUCUGGUUCAGGCCUGAAAACGAAUCUCGACCUUAAAGACACUCUCCUCUGCAGUGCGGUGACCCCUGGUGGCAGCUGCAGGUAACAGUUUGUGUAUUUAUUUAUUUAUUCUUCUGAUUGAAAGAAUCUUUUAGACAGAAAACUGUAAAUAUGAAAUCUGUUGUUUGUAGAUUAAAUGUGUCGUCUAAUGGA